AUGCCCUCUGCGAGUGCCAUUUACGACCUCUUCGCGGACAAUGCCUGGAUUGACCGCCAGGGGAUCACUCAUAUGCGUCUCACCGCACACACCUACCAGAAUUUGCGGGUCUUUUCGAACUUUGUGCGCCACACUGGCGCCAGGUUCCGUACCCUUGAUCUGCGGGUAAACAUGGACUGGGAUAUUCCGGAGACCCCCUUGGUCGCGUCGCACCCAAUUUCCCUCGCGCCUUGCGCUGCGCUGGAGUCGCUCGUGUUGUGCUUCCGCUGCAGCUCCGACUCGGUGCACGCCCAGGUUUACAUGGUCCCCUCCAUGCUCCGCGCUUACACCAGACUCUUCUUUGAACACCGAGGCGCGCUUCCUGCACUCACGCACGUCCGCAUGGACGCGGGCUCCGACCGUGUGGAGGUAGCCAGAGCAUUCACCACUCUCGCCCAAGACCGCGAUCUUGGUGCAGACGGGACACAGAACGCGCAUGGAGGGCCCGGCAUGCAAGGGGACCCUCAGCUGUGGACGAACUUGGAGAAUGCGCUGCUUGGGCUACCAGCCCUACAACGUGUGGAGUUUGGGUUCGACGAGAUCUUGUGCAGCGACAGGGAUGCGCGAGCAAUCAAGGUAGCGCUCGAAGGCGCGUUGGAGAGGCGGCUGCCGAGACUGCAGCAACAGGGCACUGUCCGGCUGCUGAUUUAGGCCAGUGCGCUGUCCGGGAGGAGAGCAUCUAUCCAACUUGCUUCACGUGCUGUAUCUAUU